AUGUCGAUCGAUCUCCUCGAAGCCAAUCAUCCUGCAGCCCUACAACCCGGCAAAGGGCUUCAGCUGUUCAAUCAUCGUCCGGAGCUUCCAUCGUCGAAAACCACCAUGGCUUUCAACGACUACUUCGUCACCACGUCACAGCCGAUGCACGAGGUGAAGAGGCUGGAGAACGUUAUUACUCGCGGCGGCGGCGACAAACACAACAAUAUCAGUGGUACUACUACUACCACCACCAUAUCCUCGUCGCUUGAGCUUCUCAAAAGCUACGGGAAAGGGUUCAGGAAGCUCGACGCAGUCCAAUCUCGCGAUGAAACGACGACGAAGAAGAGGAAGCUGUCGACGGAGGAGGUGAUGAGGGUUGCUGGAGAGAGGUACAUCCAGCUGUCGGACAGCCCGAGGUGCGACGACUUCACCAUGCUGAUGCACCCGUUCGGGUACGCGCUCCCCUCGGCGCUGUCCGAGGGGGAGAUGAUGGACGUGGAGCUGGCCCACCUUCUCUUCGCCGCGGCGGAGAAGGUGGGCUACCACCACUACGACCGCGCCAGCAGGCUGCUGACGCGGUGCGAGUGGAUCGCGUCGGACCGGUCCAACGCGGUCCAGCGGGUCGUGCACUGCUUCGCGGAGGCGCUCCGGGAGCGGAUCGACCGCGGGCUCGGGAGGUUGUUCCUCGGGAUCCCGGAGGUGUACGGAUCGUCCGCCUCCGCGAGCUCGAUCUCCAACGGAUUUGGUAUGAACCUGUCGUCCAUCUGUCUCCACCAGCAAGUCCCCUUCAGCCAGGUCCUCCAGCUGACGGCCGUCCAGGCCAUCGUGGAGAACGUCGGCUCUGCCAGGAAGCUGCACUGCAUCGACCUGGAGAUCCGGAGCGGCGUGGUCUGGACGGCGCUGAUGCAGGCCCUGUCGGCGAACCAGGCCGACGGAGGAGGAGUGGAGCACCUCCGGGUCACCGCCGUCGUCCGGAUCUCGGAGCGGUUCGAGGUCGACGACACGGGGAAGCGGCUGGAGAGCUUCGCCCGCUCCAUCAACUUCCCCUUCAGCUUCCACGUCGUGUACGUGGCCGAGAACCUGAGCGAUCUCAGGGAGGACGCGUUUCGGAUCGGUUUCGACGAGUCGGUGGUCGUGUUCUGCUCUUUCGUCCUCAGGACGCUGCUCGCCCGCCCACACCGCUUGGAGAACUUGAUGAGAGUGAUAAAGAACCUCCACCCAACCCUAAUGGUGGUGAGCGAGGCCGAGGCGAACCACAACUCCCCCGUCUUCGUCACCCGCUUCAUCGAGGCCCUGUUCUACUACAGCGCCUACUUCGACAGCCUCGACACGUGCAUGGAGAACACCGAGCACCGGACCAUGAUCGAGGCCACGCUCUCGUACGGCCUCAGGAACAUCGUGGCCAUGGAAGGCAACGAGCGGAGCGCGAGGAACGUGAAGCUGGAGGUGUGGAGGGCGUUCUUCUCCAGGUUCAGGAUGGUGGAGCUAGGGUUCAGCGAGUCGUCGAUGUACCAGGCCGGGCUGGUGAUCAAGCAGUUCCCGCAGUGGAAGUGGUGCAGCGUGGAGAAGGAUGACAACAAGGGUCUCGUUGUCGGGUGGAAAGGGGCGCCCUUGUUCUCGCUCUCCGUGUGGAAGUUCUCUCGGGAUAGGUUGGGGAGGUUCUUUAACUAUCGUUUCGGUUGAUUAUGUUUCAAUAUACAGUUAGUUUAUAUAAUAACUGUCUAGUUUUAACUUUGUUUUUUCACUUGCUGCU